GCCUAGAGAUCUGGUGUCCUUCUCACGUUUUUAUUUAUUUUCAGCUUUUGAUUUAUUUGUUCAUUUGAUACGCUUUAGCAUUAAUUUUAAUGGGUGGGAGGCCAUUUUGUUCAUUGGGAUGAAUGCUGCGUUGAGGUUGGUUCAACCAUGCUCACCUCUCGGCUGCCUUCUCGGUUACAAAGCAAAAUUGGGAGUGAAGGGACUAUGGGGGGGCAUGGUAUGUGGAACAGCUUUGCAGACAUUGAUUCUGUUGUUCAUAGUUUACAGAACCAAUUGGAACAAGGAGGUGGAGCAAACAACAGAGAGGAUGCUGAAGUGGGAAGGACAACACAUUGAAACCGAGAAGACCAGUGAUGAUGUAUGAUGUUACUUCUCUUUGGGUUUCCUUGUAUGGAUGAAAUAAAAAACCUCUAAUGCUUUUGUGAUUUUGUUA